AUGGUUGUGUUUCCUGCGGAUGGUUGUGUUGGCUGCGGAUGGUUGUGUUGGUUGCGGAUGGUUGUGUUGGUUGCGGAUGGUUGUGUUGGCUGCGGAUGGUUGUGUUGGCUGCGGAUGGUUGUGUUGGCUGCGGAUGAUUGUGUUGGGCUGCAGAUGAUUGUGUUGGCUGCAGAUGGAUGUGUUGGCUUGCGGAUGGUUUGUGUUUGUUGCGGAGGGUUGUGUUUGGUUGCGGAGGGGGUUUGUGUGUUGCGGAGGUUUGUGUUGGUUGCGGAGGGUUUGUUGGUCCUGCGGAUGGUUGUGUUUUCCUGUGGAUGGUUGUGUUUUCCUGCGGAUGGUUUGUGUUGGCUGCGGAUGGUGUGUUGGCUGCGGAUGGUUGUGUUGGUUGCGGAUGGUUGUGUUUGGUUGCGGAGGGUUGUGUUGGUUGCGGAGGGUUGUGUUGGUUGCGGAUGGUUGUGUUUGCUGCGGAUGGUUGUGUUGGUUGCGGAUGGUUGUGUUGGCUGCGGAUGGUUGUGUUGGUUGCGGAGGGUUGUGUUGGUUGCGGAGGGUUGUGUUGGUUGCGGAGGGUUGUGUUGGUUGCGGAUGGUUGUGUUGGUUGCGGAUGGUUGUGUUGGCUGCGGAUGGUUGUGUUGGUUGCGGAUGGUUGUGUUGGUUGCGGAUGGUUGUGUUGGUUGCGGAGGUUGUGUUGGCUGCGGAUGGUUGUGUUGGUUGCGGAGGGUUGUGUUGGUUGCGGAGGGUUGUGUUGGUUGCGGAUGGUUGUGUUGGUUGCGGAGGGUUGUGUUGGCUGCGGAUGGUUGUGUUGGUUGCGGAGGGUUGUGUUGGUUGCGGAUGGUUGUGUUGGUUGCGGAGGGUUGUGUUGGUUGCGGAUGGUUGUGUUGGUUGCGGAUGGUUGUGUUGGUUGCGGAGGGUUGUGUUGGUUGCGGAUGGUUGUGUUGGUUGCGGAGGGUUGUGUUGGCUGCAGAGGGUUGUGUUGGCUGCGGAUGGUUGUGUUGGUUGCGGAGGGUUGUGUUGGUUGCGGAGGGUUGUGUUGGCUGCAGAGGGUUGUGUUGGUUGCGGAGGGUUGUGUUGGUUGCGGAUGGUUGUGUUGGUUGCGGAGGGUUGUGUUGGUUGCGGAUGGUUGUGUUGGUUGCGGAGGGUUGUGUUGGCUGCAGAGGGUUGUGUUGGCUGCGGAUGGUUGUGUUGGUUGCGGAGGGUUGUGUUGGUUGCGGAUGGUUGUGUUGGUUGCGGAUGGUUGUGUUGGUUGCGGAGGGUUGUGUUGGCUGCAGAGGGUUGUGUUGGUUGCGGAGGGUUGUGUUGGUUGCGGAUGGUUGUGUUGGUUGCGGAGGGUUGUGUUGGUUGCGGAUGGUUGUGUUGGUUGCGGAGGGUUGUGUUGGCUGCAGAGGGUUGUGUUGGCUGCGGAUGGUUGUGUUGGUUGCGGAUGGUUGUGUUGGUUGCGGAGGGUUGUGUUGGUUGCGGAUGGUUGUGUUGGUUGCGGAUGGUUGUGUUGGUUGCGGAGGGUUGUGUUGGUUGCGGAUGGUUGUGUUGGUUGCGGAGGGUUGUGUUGGCUGCGGAGGGUUGUGUUGGCUGCGGAUGGUUGUGUUGGUUGCGGAGGGUUGUGUUGGUUGCGGAUGGUUGUGUUGGUUGCGGAUGGUUGUGUUGGUUGCGGAUGGUUGUGUUGGUUGCGGAUGGUUGUGUUGGUUGCGGAUGGUUGUGUUGGUUGCGGAGGGUUGUGUUGGCUGCAGAGGGUUGUGUUGGUUGCGGAGGGUUGUGUUGGUUGCGGAUGGUUGUGUUGGUUGCGGAGGGUUGUGUUGGUUGCGGAUGGUUGUGUUGGUUGCGGAUGGUUGUGUUGGUUGCGGAGGGUUGUGUUGGUUGCGGAGGGUUGUGUUGGUUGCGGAUGGUUGUGUUGGUUGCGGAGGGUUGUGUUGGUUGCGGAUGGUUGUGUUGGUUGCGGAUGGUUGUGUUGGUUGCGGAGGGUUGUGUUGGCUGCAGAGGGUUGUGUUGGUUGCGGAGGGUUGUGUUGGUUGCGGAUGGUUGUGUUGGUUGCGGAUGGUUGUGUUGGUUGCGGAUGGUUGUGUUGGUUGCGGAUGGUUGUGUUGGUUGCGGAUGGUUGUGUUGGUUGCGGAGGGUGUGUUGGUUGCGGAUGGUUAUUACAUUAUAAUGUCUCACUCAUUGUACUUUUGGAGGGGGUGA